GACUUUUUUGUUGCUGGGGCACAUGUCAAAGAGAAGGGCAAUGAGGAUGGGCUAGAAUCUCUUAGCUCUGGAGAAGCUGGAGACUGGCUCAGUGGCGGGAACAGCGAAGAGAGAUCCUGCCCCCCCAACCCGAGCAGGUGGCUUCAACACCAUCCCAAACUGGUCAUGGUGAUGGUUGGAUAGCGGCAUACCACUCUCGCCAGAACCCUUGCCUCCUCCGCCCUUUUUAUGCCCUUGUCUUCUGCUGCUGCUUGCUCUCUUCACUUCUCCUUCAGCAACAAACUUCUAUUCCUCUCGUUCUUCGAAGAAAACAGCAAUAUCUUUCCGUUACAUUCGUUUGUCCAUUCGGUCUUUUCCACAUCGUUCAGCAACUAAUAACGAGCAAUCCCGCAUUGACACAGAAUCCUCGCCACAGACCCAAAAAACAGCUCUGUUCAUCAUGCAACACCUUCUCAUCACCGCUUCGCUAGCACUCCUGGCCCGGCUGGCCAUUACGCAGACCAUUGACCCCAAUUCAGUGCCUCUGUCAACGAGACAGUCGUGGUGUGACUCGCAGAUUGCUGAAUGUCCUCUCAUCUGUCUGCAAACGGCUGGCAAUUCUGCUGCCACCGACGCCAACACCUGUGACCCUGUUGGCCUCACCUAUUCGUGCAUAUGCUCUAAUGGGCUCUCCCCCAACGCCUCCGAAUACUCUCAAACCCUCCCCUACUAUAUCUGCACGGAGUACAACACCCAAUGUCAGCAGGCUUGCGGCACUGACAAUAGCUGUGCAGCUGCCUGUGUACAAGAUCACCCAUGUGGUGCACUCAACCCAACAAGGGUAAACACAAGCACAAUUACCACAAUGCCGGCUACCUCAACAGUCGUGGGGUCGGCCGCUUCCACAGCCUCUGACGGCGUCAUCUACACUGGUUUUGGCGGUGGUUCAGCUGCUACGACAACUGCUGCUUCGGGCGGAAGCAGUGGCUCUGGAAGCUCUGCUGCAUCAAGACUGGUGAUCGACAUUGGACAGAUCUAUGGCCUUGGUGUCGUCGCAGCGGGCAUCUUCGUCGGAUUCAGCUGCAUGCUCUGAAGCAUCUUUCAAGGAAAGAGGCUUUACGCUAGUGAAGGUUGGGAACCGAUCUGCUUGGAUACUCGGACCCAGGCCGAUUCAGUUGGAGUUUUGGUCGAAAAGUUAGUUGUUGAAGCAUUUUUGGCAGAGGCGCUGGCAUGGAUGCUCUUGGAUGGCACUGACGGCAUUUAGUGCCACCAUCCUGGGGAAGCAGAACAAUUUAGGAAAAGCGAGGAAAAGCGAGGACAGCGUUGGCGUACCUCGAACAGCAUAAUAUUAAUCAUGAUUGAAGACUGCGUCCCAUCCUCUGUAUGAUCUAGAUUGUGUCCAGUGUUGCCCGGUCAACCACGCAAAUACCCGAAGUUUUGCCGCCACCCCCGAUGUCCUCUUUGGAG